AUGCAACAAGAUAUUGUCAACGAUAACCAGGAGGAGGCCCAAGAGUGGAAGUGGGAACAAAUUAAAGACAUAAUUGAGUCGGGGGAUCUUGCCCUCUUGAAACGAAGCCGCCAGAUGACUGAGAAAUAUCAUGAACAUAAGAAAAGAACUGCUGGUCUGGACAUGAACCAGUACGUUCUGCAAAAAUUAGGCUGGUCGCCAAACGGACCGCAGUACGAAGAUCCUGCCGCGAAGGCCUUUAGUGCCUCUACUCUAUAUGCUGUGCGUGCCAACGAUUUCCCGUAUAACUUCGAGCCGGGAGUCGUGCACCUUGUUCUGUGGUCAAAGAUUGCCCUGCCAGUACACUCCCCAGAUAAGGCCGUGCGUAGUGCGGCCUGCGCACGCAUCAACGCGUUCCUGCAGGCACAACCGUUGCUGCGGUCGCUUGUUACCUCAGGUCACGUGGCCUGGUUUGUGAACUACCCGGAACUUCAAAGUGUUGCCCGGAUAUUUCACGAUCACGUGCUGCUUUUUUUUCCACGGGAAUGCUAUUCCGCGGAACAGGUAAAAAUAACUAUUGACGGGAUCCUUUCACACGGUUUCGAGCCGCUUGCACUUAGAUAG